UCUCUGGUUCAAACAAACCAAGAGUACACAGCUUGGAAGAGAUUCUACCUUGCCAGAGCCAAACUGCAAGCCUCUAGCAAAACUUCUGCACUCUUAUCAGGAUUUGUCAUGGUGUCAAUGGUUGAGCUCUCUUUAGAGAAAGAAAACCUGCCCUCUCAAGGUGUUGUUGUAGCAUUUGCUGCCUGCACAGCUCUCGUGGUAGCAGUGUACUUAAUUGCAUUAUUGGUUAGUACAUGCAUCUUACCCCACCUAGAAGCCGUAGAUGGUGUAAAGAAGCACCCAUCAGCAUUAAAAGACUCCCCACACGUUGGUCUUCAUGUUUUCAUCGAACUAGCCUGGAUUUUUUCUACAGGAAUUGGAAUAUUCUUAUUUCUUUGCCAGAUGAUUCUUCUGGCCUGGCUUCGAUUUAGAAUGAUUGAUUUACCGUCUGCUAUCGUCGUUACAGCAAUUAUAUUUCCUGUUAUUAUUAUUUUUAUAGUUUUUUCAGUGAUUUUUUAUAGGAAACUUGUCUCUUUUCGGUAUAGACAGAGGGUUAUCGAACUAGAUGAGUUA